AUGGAUCAAAUGUACCUCUCCAAUGGUUUGGUUGCUACAAAUGACAUGUUUGUGCAAAUACUAGCAGCCUCCACAGUUGGUGAUGAAGGGAAUAGUCAAUACUGUUAUAAGAAGAGGGUGUGUAGCAAUGGGAAGCACUCUUCAAAAGCAAAACAACUCCACAGAGGAACCAAUGAUAUUGUUCGGUACAAAGAGACCAAAUGGGCAGCAGAAUAUGCAAAAGCUCAAGCAGAAGCUGAGCUUUCCAAUGCUAAACAGACAGUGAAAGAUCUUUUCUCUAUGAUUGGGGAAUCUAUGUACAAAGCAAAAGCCGAAAUGCGAGACAUGGCACCACUAAAGAAGUAUGUCAAACCGAGAAAUGAUGAUAAUCAGUAUUCACAAGUUAUGACAAAAUUGGAACAUGCUAAGCGGGAAUUGUUCCAACUUAAGCUUCAUGUGGGUUCUGUUUUGGAGGAGAAACUGCAAGCGGAGAACGAAGUCAAAGCAUCGAGAUCCAGCAUGUUGUCCUUCUCAAGAGUAGCACAAAAACAGACGAACGAGAUUGAGGAAGCCAAUGAAGAACAAUUGGUGGUUCAAUUGGACAGAAUUGAUGCUUUGAAUGAACUUAGAGACAUUGAACAACUUCAAAACACAAGGAACAAAUUGAAAGAGGCCAUUGAAGCGAUAGAUGAGACAAAAGAGCUCGAAAUGAAAUUGGCCACAACAUUGUCUGAUAUUGAUAUGUUGAAGAAUGACUUCAAGUUUGUUAACAAAAUGGGGAAAAGUUACAAGCUCUUGAGAGCAAAAUCUAAAUUAGAAGUCGUGUCUGCUGCGGAGGAAAAGGCCAAAUCAAUAGUGAGUAACUUAACACAAACUCUUGAUAAGCUCAAGUCCAAAACAGAAGCAGCAAAAAAAGAAAAAGACCUUAUAAUAAAUGGAGAGGUUGCAGAAACCAAAGAAGAGAUUAAAAAGGCCUUGUUGGAGAUAAAGAACAAAUUAAGGGAACAACUUGUUUUUGACACUCUAAGGGGUGACUGGAAGGUGGCCUUUGGCAUCUGGGAAUUUGACCCUCUUAAGCUAAGUAAUCCAUUCCCUGAUAAUAGAAUUUCAGCUCACAUUAGGCAGGGCUAUGAAAAUAAGGUAGUGGCCUCUAAAAUCCAAAGGUUUGUUACACAGAAGCUGCCCUCGAUAUAG